CAUCACCCUGUUUGAGAAAGUCUCUGCUAAAAUUCAAAUAAAAAAUAAAUAAAUUGGGGAACUGUUGUUUUAUGGGAUUGGCGGAAUUUUGUUUCAUAAUUGAGAAAAUGAAUAUCCAUUAUAGCAUAUAGGAAAUUUAAAAGGCUUGAAAUAAGACUGCUUAAUAUAGAAAGUACUGCAUGUAGUGUACUAUUACAGCAUGUUUCACAAAUUGUGACUUACUUUUGUUUCUUUUAAAUAUCUUUUUUAAGGAGGAGUUUGGGAUACAAGUAUUCCAUAAAGACAUUUUAAGUAGGGUGUUAACUUUUGUGGGUAUGUAAUAGAAAAAGCAGGACAUAUACACAAGCAGGAGAUAUAUCUUCUGAAGAAAUAGCUACGGCUUCCUUUUAGAACAUCAUAGUAAGAACUGUUAUGAUAAGCUUCGCUUGGGCUUAUCCGACCCCCUCCCAAACUGAAAGGUCUAGAGCUAUCGGGGAUAUAAAGCAGCAUAUUCAUAUAUUCCGGUUGUAGAACAUGGUACGCACUACUAAAAACAAACUUCAACGCAAAUUGUAAUUACAAAUACAAUUAUCUCUCUCCGCGCGCUAAAAAAGAAACGCGUUGCGAUCGACGGGCCAGCCUACCCCUCACUCCUCGGGUCUACUGAGGAACUGCGCGCCAAGGCCUUUAAGAUGGGCGGCUCCCAAACUGAAAGUUCCGUUCAGGACUGGCUGCGUACAGCUGGGCGACGGCGCUCUCUGACUGGGCAAGGCAACCAUAUUAAGAAGGUGCAGAGCGGACAGGGCGCUCGGGCUGUGAGUAGAGCUGGCUGAGAAGCCGAGUGGGGAACGGGGCGUCCGUGGGCUGGCGCGUUCGCCGCCGGGCUCGAGAAGAGAAGCGAAAAAGCCGGCAUCUUCUCGGAGGCGGCCGUGCGACUAAGUACGGGCUAGCUCCGACUGUGCUUCAGGGGACCCGUGAAUCAAGUGGCGCACGCAUCUCUGCCUGAAAAAAAAGGGGGCGCCCUCCGAACCAUGAGCAAAUGUCCUGAUUGUUGCAGCAGAUGAGUUGGCAGGAUGAGAGCCAUCAGUGAACCUGCUGAAUCCAUUGUGUGUGAUGAAAAUUAUUUGGGUCUUUCUAGAUCUCUUCUUCUUUGUCAACACUCUUUUGAUACAUAAAAGGCAUAAAACAAGGCCCAGCUAUUGAAGAUCAACAAGGAAGGCAGAUACUGCAUUUGGAAGCAAGCCUCAUGACGUGGCUUUUCUUGUUUAAAACACACACGGAGAACUUUAAAGGGACAGUGGCCUGUGAUGACAUUUUGCAGAGUGCCAGCAUCCCUCCUUUACCAGCUUGAACAGGAACUGGAUACAGAUGAAAAGGAAACCAUGCUCUUCUUAUGCAGAGAUCUCAUGCCUGACUUAUGUAUGUCUGAUGUCCAACAGCUCUUGACAGCUUUGAAUGAGAAGGAGAUACUGACCACCAUCAAUUUAUCUGAACUAUUAUACAGGCUGAAAAGAUUUGACUUGUUAAAGAGGUUCCUGGGGACCGGAAGAGCAGCUGUAGAAGCCACUUUGGCCAAUCAUCCUCAGAUGUUGUCAAAAUACAGGGUGCUGAUGGCUGAACUCAAUGAAGAUCUGGACAAAGAAGACUUGAGAUCUCUCUCUUUUCUUCUAAAAAAUGAUUUUGGUACAUCCCACAAGGAGAAGAGUUUUCUGGCAAUUAUAACUGACCUUGAGAAGCUAGAUCUGAUAUCUCCUGAUCAUCUGGAUUUAAUAGAAAACUGCUUCCUGACCAUUCACAGGACAGACUUGGCAAAAAAAAUUGAGAAGUACAAACUAGAAGUUCUAGGUCACUUUCCAACAAUGAAUGCAAGCACUCUUCAGGUGUCCUUUCCCAAGUUAUCUCUUUCUGACCCUCCAAAGAUUGUGAACAAGGGAAGGGCGAUGAACGGAGCCUGUGCUGUCCAGGCAGAAGAGAUUCACAUAUCCAUUCCAGAAACAAAAGAAGGCUUAGCACAGGCCUCUAACAAGUACAGAAUGCAAAGCAAUCCUUUAGGAGUGUGCCUGAUUAUUGACUGCAUUGGCAAUGAUGCAGGUUUGUUGAUGGAUACAUUUAAAGCGCUACAUUUUGAAGUACAUUGUCGACUGUUUCUGACUAUGGAGGCAAUGAUGCAUGAUUUGUAUGAAGUAGCAAGGCUAAAAGCACACAAAGACGCAGAUUGCUUUGUUUGUGUGCUUGUCAGUCGAGGAAACCAUCAAAGUAUAUUCUGCACAGACCACGUUGUUCCAGGAUUCCAACUGGAAAGGCUGAAGGAUUUCUUUACUGGCGAGAGAUGUCCCGAUCUCUUAGGAAAACCCAAGCUCUUUUUUAUCCAGAACUAUACUGAGCCACAAAAUUGGCAACAAAACACCAGCCUGACAGAGGCGGAUGGAAAUCUGUGUACUAUCCCACAAGUGGCAGAUAUUCUCUGGAGUCACUGCAUGUUGGAUGCCUCUGCGUUGGAGAGAUCCCCAACCUUGUCAUCCUAUUAUCUCUCCGCUUUGGCUGACCUCCUGAUAGAUCCUCAUAAGAGAAAGCUGCCUCUCCUGGAUAUUCUUGUGGAGCUGAACAACAGAAUUUAUGAGUGGAAUAGGAUUAAUCCUGCAGAACAGUAUUUACUCCUAUUGAAGCACACCCUGAGGAAAAAACUUUUCCUGUCUGGCAACUAAAGGCCCUUGUGAAGCCUUUCAGAGAUUGCCGUCCAUCAGUUUCUCUUGGAGAGUCAAGCUUAGUAUAUCUGGUAGCAUUCAGAAAUAUGUUGUACUUUUAAACCAAGUAAUUCUAGUUUCAGAGAAUUGCUGGUCUUAGAGAACAAAUAGUAGGAAUAAAUAGCUAUUCUUACAAUUUAUUACUUAAGAUUUUGUUGCAGGCCAUACCACUGGAUAUGUACCUUAUUUAUAUAACUCAUCUUUUAUCAUCUUUCUUAGAGGUUCCUUCAGAGAAGUAUAUUACUUUCUGCCCUUAUGAAUAUACGUUCAAACAAAAGCCAAGGUGGAUAAUAACGAGGCACCAUGUUUAUCUCAGUGCACAGGUGUAGUUAAAAGUAAUUGAACAGAAUUAACGUUUGCCUGUAUUGAGCCACAAAUAGCGUAAGGAAAUAGUGCUUGGUUGGAAGGGCCUUCCUGUAGAAAUGGCACUGGAAAAGGAGGUUGAAAAUUGGGGACAUUUCUGAGCUUUGCCAACGUUAAUACUUGGUUUUAUCAUCUUGUUCAUAGUUUUAAAGGUCUUCCCUAAUCUCCUCCAGGUGUGCUCUUCUAUAGUCCCAUCAUUUCUAUAAAAGCACAUCUAGUGGCCAAGGGAGGCUGUAGUUAAAUGUAGCUAGUGUAUAAAUUGGAAUCAUAUAAUGAGCUCCAUAAUAGCGUACAAGUAAACUCAGAUUAGGU